CUGAACAAUGCUGUCACUCCAGUCACUUCGCAUACUUGCAGCAGCAGUUUUUUUUCUGGUGAUGUGUCAUGCUGAGGAGAAGUGUGCAGGAAUUCCUGGAAUCCCUGGCACCCCAGGAGCCAAUGGAUUGCCUGGAAGAGAUGGCAGAGAUGGUAUGAAAGGAGACUCAGGCCCACCAGGUCCUCAGGGUCCACCCAGUGGCAUGCCAGGUCUUCCCGGAAGAGAUGGGCUUCCUGGGAUGAAAGGGCCCCAGGGUGAAAAAGGCAACAAGGGGGAGAGAGGGGAGCCUGGACCACAAGGCCUGCCUGCUUCUGUUGAUCCUGAAUUGCAAGAAAGCCUCCAGGUUUUAAACCAUCGAAUUACCAGACUGGAAGGAGUCCUUACUUUGGAAGGAAAAAUAACAGAAGUGGGAGAAAAAAUUCUCGCUACCAAUGGGAAAGAAGUCAAUUUUGAAACCACAUUAAAAGCGUGCGAACAUGCUGGUGGCUCCAUCGCCACCCCCAGAAACAAGGAGGAGAAUGAUGCUAUUUUGGAUAUUGUGAAACAGUUUAACAGAUAUGCUUAUCUGGGUAUAAGGGAGAGUGAUGUUCCAGGUGAAUUCCAGUGUCUGGAUGGGAAACCUCUGAAUUAUACCAACUGGCAUGCUCAUGAGCCAAAUGGCAAAGGAGGGGAAAAUUGUGUGGAGAUGUACACUGAUGGAGGCUGGAAUGACAAAAAAUGCAACCAGUACCGCCUCACUAUUUGUGAAUUUUAAAGCAUAUCCUCUCAGUAAUUUCAUAGUGCAGAGUCCAUGCACUAUUCUGUGUCUCAGACAUAAACAGGAGCCUGUUCUCUCAGCAAUAUAGCUAAUAUCUUCUGUGAUUAUUUUAUCUGAGAGAAACAAAAUCAUGAUGUAAUAUUUUCCUUCCUCAUGCUUACUAAGGAAAUAGUAACUAUCGAAGGUGAUUGAUUUGUAACUAGAAUUAUCUCUAAUUUGAGAUGGUGAUUAAUCAUAGUAACCAAACUCUGCCUUGUCUCACUGUGGCUGAGUAAGCUCCAGGUAAGGAUUUCAGGGUUUGGCUUAGUGUGUUUGAGGAGUCCCAUGCUAAGAUAACUUUGUACAUUCCAUUGUAGUUACAUGCCUAGAUAAUGCAGCAUAUACUAUGCAACAACAUUAGAGGAACAGGUCUCAAUCCUGGAAGGAAAUGCAC